AUGGAGAGCAGUACGGCCAUGGAUGUCGAGGAGAAACCUUCACCCAACUCCACCAACGUUAAACGCUUUGGCCUUAAAAACUCUAUUCAAACCAACUUCGGCGACGACUAUGUUUUCCAAAUUGUACCAAAGGAUGAUUGGAGUGCAAUGGCGGUUUCUUUGUCAACCAACGCAGUGAAACUGUAUUCACCUAUGGCGGGUCAAUAUUUUGGAGAGUGCAAGGGUCACUCUGCAACCAUCAAUCAGAUUUUGUUUUCGGGUUCUUCACAUCACCAUGUUUUGGGUUCGUGUUCUUCUGAUGGCACUAUUAGAGCUUGGGACACACGCACAUUUCAGCAGGUUUCUUGCAUAGAUGCUGGUUCUUCUCAGGAGGUUUUCAGCUUCUGUCUUGGAGGAACUAGUGGGAAUUUAGUUGCCGCCGGAUGUAAAUCGCAGAUACUGUUCUGGGAUUGGAGAAAUAUGAAGCGAAUUGCAUGCCUGGAAGAAUCUCAUGUGGAUGAUGUCACUCAGGUUCAUUUUGUCCCCAACGAACAAGGCAAGCUUAUUUCUGCUUCAGAAGAUGGGUUGAUCUGCACAUUUGAUACUACUGGAGAUAUCAAUGAUGAUGAUCAUCUAGAAUCAGUGAUUAAUAUGGGGACUUCAAUUGCAAAGGUGGGGAUUUUUGGAGAGAGUUACCAGAAGCUUUGGUGUUUAACACAUAUUGAAACCUUGGGUAUCUGGAACUGGAAAGAUGGAAGAAAUGAAGGAAACUUCUCAGAUGCACGUACUUUAGCCUCUGAAAGUUGGAAUUUGGAUCAUGUUGACUAUUUCAUUGAUUGCCACUACUCCAGAGAAGCUGAAAAACUAUGGGUGAUUGGUGGCACUAAUACUGGUACUAUGGGCUACUUUCCUGUAAAUUACCAAGGAACUGCAACAAUUGGAGCUGCGGAAGCAAUUCUUGAAGGUGGGCACACCAGUGUUAUUAGGAGUGUUCUACCCAUGUCGAAAAUUCAUUCAAAUAGUCCUACCCAAGGCAUUUUUGGAUGGACUGGUGGGGAAGAUGGUAGGCUAUGUUGUUGGCUCUCUGAUGAGUCUUCUGAAUCAAAUCAAUCUUGGAUUUCAAGCACAUUGAUUAUCAGGCCAGAAAAAACUCGCAAGAAAAAUCGUCAUCAACCCUACUAG